CAGAAGAUCCCCCUGGAGUCCCAGGGUCGCUGCCUCUCGCCGGGCAGAGUCAUGGGAGCGGCGCGGCUGCAGCGCGGGGGGCAAGUGCAGACCAUUUCUACAAUUUAUCAAGAUCAUUUUGAAUCCUAAUCCUGGCCUCUGAAGUACUUGCCGCCUGUAUCAGCCUGGUAUCAGCAACAAUUUUAACUGAAUUAAAUCCUGGGCGAACCGAAGAGACGUGCUGUCAGAAUCGCAGGAUAUCAAGUCCACUAAAUGUGGGAAAUACUUCUCCAAGGCCUUUGAACUCAAAAGUGGAACAGAAGGAAGACACAGGGAGACAUACACCGUUCAGUGUUAUUUUCCUUGCACGGGGAAAAAAAAUCAUUAUGAGAUGAGCACUAACGUUUCAAGCUUUCAAAGGUUUGCAUAACAAACAAGAGACACAUUGUGGGUUGCAUCUUGACUUUGAAGGCUUGCCACUGUCAACUGAAAUAAAAUGGCAAGGUUUAAAGCCUUAACCAAGUUCACAAGGAAAAUAUUUGGACUAAAAGUUUUGGAAAGUUUUCUCUCUUUGAAGUAGUUUGUCAUGUGUUACCAAUGUGAACUUUACUGACCUUGAAACUUUUUUUUUUUUUUGAAUCAAAUAGCAGCUAGUGACACUUUACUAAAAUCUUAAAUCAACAAGCAUCCCCUGGUGGCUCCAGCUUCGUAGCAAAUGCAGGCAGAACAGGGAAUCUACAGAAGAGACCUUUAUUAUUCGUAAAUGAAGCCUGCCAAAACCUUCCCAAAAUAGCAUUCAAAGACCCUUUUAAGGUCAUGGAUCCUGAACAAAGCCAGAAGAGCACAAAAAAGGCUGAGGAAAGUCCAAGAAAGAGGCUUCCCAAAGGAGAGGCUUUCCAAGCCAGUAUUUCAUCUGCAGCUACGUAUCAGGGCAGCUCCGCUUCUCCACAAGGACCCCCUCUCCGAGAUAUCAUAUCGCAGCAGCACUUUUCUGGCUCUUUGCCGAUUCCAAGAGAGGAAUCUCAGGAGAAUACUGGACAUCAGAAGCAACCGAAACCUUCCUCUUUCGAACAUCCACCCCACAUUUCACAGCUUCAGCAACAUACACUGUCACCAGCAUUUAUGUCUCCUGGGAAACCAGAGCACGUCCUCGAAGGGCCCACAUGGCAGCUAGUUGAUCCAGUAAGACCAGGUCCCUCUGGCUCCUUUUCGUCACCCGGGCUUCAUUCUCAUCACAGCCAACUCUUACCUUCCCAUUCACCAAUCAUUCCUGGAGAGGACAUGUCGUCCGUUCAAAAGGUCUAUAUUCCUCGCCCUUCACAGGUUUCCUUAAAGCAAGCUGAGGAAGUGCACAAGAAGGAAAAGAAACCUCAGAAGCCAGGCAAAUAUAUUUGCCAGUACUGCAGCAGGCCUUGUGCAAAGCCAAGUGUGCUCCAAAAACAUAUCAGAUCACACACGGGUGAGAGGCCAUACCCUUGCAUUCCAUGUGGCUUUUCUUUUAAGACUAAGAGCAAUUUGUACAAGCAUAGGAAAUCUCAUGCUCAUAGAAUAAAAGCUGGGCUGGCCUCAGGAAUCGGAGCGGAGAUGUAUCCGUCUAGCUUGGAAAUGGAAAGGAUUGGUGGGGAGGACUUUGAAGAGCCAACAGAAGGAGAAAGCACAGAUUCAGAGGAGGAAACGGGUGCAAUGUCAGGCCAUUCAGUAGAGCUCUCACCCAGGCAAAAGCACAGCCUGUUAUCCAGUAGCUUGUUGAGUGCAGGAAGCCAAGGCUCCAGCCAUGACCGGUGUUCAUUAUCUCAUUCCAGUAUGUCCCAGUCUCUUGAGGACAGCACCCAGUUUGCGGAGCCAUCAUCAGACCAUGCUCUGAGCCAUAAAUCUGAAGACACUCAUACUAUAAAACAGAAGCUUGCACUCCGCUUAAGUGAACGCAAGAAGGUCAUUGACGAACAAGCUUUCCUGAGCCCUGGGAGCAAAGGGAGUACCGAGUCAGGCUACUUCUCGAGAUCAGAAAGUGCAGAGCAGCAGAUCAGCCCACCAAAUACUAAUGCAAAAUCUUAUGCAGAAAUUAUUUUUGGGAAAUGUGGUAGAAUUGGGCAAAGGACUGCAAUGUUAGGUACAAACACAACCCAGGGGGUUUCGCACCGGUCUACUGAAGAGAAACCUAGUAUAGUACCUUUAUCUGUGCCUAGAACACAGGUUAUUGAACACAUCACUAAGCUAAUUACAAUUAAUGAAGCUGUUGUAGAUACCAGUGAAAUAGAUAGCGUUAAGCCUAGAAGAAGCUCUUUAUCUAGACGUAGCAGCAUCGAAUCUCCAAAGUCUGGUCUAUAUAGGGAACCAUUUCAGUUUGACAUCAAGACUGGUUCCAGUAGCCAGUUGGAAGCAUCAAAAGUGUUGACAUCACACGGUGAAAAAAUUAAGCCCGAACAAUCAUUGUUGCCACUUCAGCAAUCCCACAGUGCCACAGAGACAGUGCCUCUCCUAAGAAGCCACUCAAUGCCUUCUGCUGCAUGCACUAUAAGCUCCCCACAUACCUUUAGAGGUAGCUAUUCAUUUGAUGAUCACAUCAUGGAGCCUGAAGUCUUAAGCCGCAGUCAAGUGUUUUCUUCCCAUCCUCGAAUGCUAAAACGACAACCAGCUAUUGAGCUACCUUUGGGAGUAGAAUAUGUUUCAGAGGAGGUUAGCUCUGUGAGCAAAGAAACUGUUUCCAAGCCUCCCGAGGAGCCUGAAACCAAGGAAAGCGAUCUUACCAAAAAAUCUCGGAAGGGUCUGAAAGUUAAAGGGUUCAUGUACGAGUGUAACGUAUGUGGUGCUCGGUAUAAGAAAAGGGAUAAUUAUGAAGCCCAUAAGAAAUAUUACUGUUCAGAACUGCAGCUCUCAAAGCCUCGUUCUUCCAGUUCCCAUACCUCUUCAGAGACUGAGAAAAGUGCUGGGGAGCCUGAGACAUGGCCCCAGAUGAUGCAUUACAAACUAGGAAGCAGUUUGGAGCUUACACCGCUACGAAAAAGGCGAAAAGAAAAGAGUCUUGGUGAUGACGAAGACCCUCCUGCUUUUGAACUGUCUGACACUCCCUCCUCCAGUACUGGACCAGGGACUCAGUUUGCAAACCCAGGAUCAUCUGAUGUUGCUUUAAACUUAACCUGUGAAUCCCUUAAGUCACCAGCAGAUCCGGGUAAAUCCACAUCUUCUGAUGUUAGCUCCAGCUUUCAUUCCAGGAAUACCAAACUGGCUUCGAGUACAGAGAGCAAAGAGAGAAGAACAACUUCAAAGGAGAUCUCUGUCAUCCAGCAUACGAGUUCCUUUGAGAAGUCUGACUCUACGGAACAGGUGAGCAGUGUGGAGGGAGAAGAGAAGCCCUUGUCACAGUACUCAUCUCAGCCAACAACGCAGCACAGCCGGCCUCCUCAUUCCCUGCAGCCCAAGCUGGUUCGACAGCCCAACAUCCAGGUUCCAGAGAUUCUGGUCACUGAAGAGCCCGACAGACCAGAAACAGAACUGGAGCCUCCUCCGAAAGAGCCAGAGAAAACAGAGGAAUUUCAGUGGCCGCAGAGAAGCCAAACCCUCUCUCAGCUCCCUGCAGAGAAACUUCCACCAAAAAAGAAGAGGCUGCGGCUAGCAGAAAUGGCUCAGUCCUCUGGAGAGUCCAGUUUUGAAUCAGUCUCUCUCACCAGAAGUCCAAGUCAGGAAAGCAGCAUAUCCCAUGGCUCCAGCCAUUCUGUUUCAUUCGAUCGUGAAGAACACAGCAAGACAGAGUCAACCAGUCAGCCCUCUGAAUCCCACACAAAGCCUCUUAGUGUUGCCUCACAUAUGUUGAUGGUACCAAGCCACCACCAUCAUUCCAGGGAAAUGCGAAGAUCUGCUUCUGAGCAGACACCAAAUGUGUCCCAUUCUUCCCAGAUGUCAGAGACCCGCAGUAAAUCAUUUGACUAUGGGAGCUUGUCAUCCACUCCUUCCUCAACGCCUGGUCCAUCAACAUCCUCAGCUCCACAGGAGAGAAGAAAAUGCUUUCUGGUUAGGCAAGCAUCUCUCACUAGGCAUCCAGAGUAUGACCCAGACUUGUCCCCAAAAGGUCGGCAAGAGACGGAAGACCCAAUUCCUUCUUCUUCAAGUAAAUCUCCUGCUACAAGCUUGCCCCAUCAGCCAACAUCUUCAUCCUCGUUGCCCUCUCACAGUACUUACCCAGCAGAUAAGAGUCAGCCCGAAGACAGCGCUCAGCCUGCGUAUACAGAGCCCUACACAGAAGCUCUGCAGAUCUUUCAUCAUCCUGUACCACAGCUAACGCUGCAUGAAAAGCAGUACAUGUCCCCGCAGGUCUCAAUGCCACAGCCAGGGCAGUCUGCCGAGCUUUUUGCCGCACACACCAUGUCUGAUAUCCUCUCUGCUCAAUUCACCAUGCCUCAGAUUCCUCCCUCUAUAUUCCAGACCCCACCACUUCCUCUCCAGCAAACGCUCAUUCACCCAGGUCAGCUUCAUGUUACCACUCCGUUAAUGUCUCACCCCGCCGAUGUGCCGUUCAGGCAGCAUCCUUCGUUCUUACCAGUGCAUUACCCUGGCUCCUCACCAAUCCCUUCUGCCUUUUUUCUGCCUCUUCAGUCUCAGUUUGCUCUCCAGCUGCCAGGUGAAGCUGGUGGACAUUUAUCACAGAUCAAAUCCAGUUUAUUCCCAACGGCAGGAACCUCCAGUCUUUCCCCCUGCACAGAAUAUGGCUCAGACAGUAGGUUGCAUCCACUAACAUGCACAGCAAGCUCUUCAGUUGCCGUAUCCACAUCUCAGCUGGUUGUUCCUACGCGGUCAGAUCCAAUGGUGUCACUCGUUGUCCCUGUUCGCAUACAGACAAAUAUGCCAUCCUAUGGGAGUGUUCUCCCAAAAUUUGAUGAUCACCAGGCCAAGGGUACCCUGGUCUGUAGCACUGAUGUUCAUGGACUAGGUUUUGAUCUGGCACAAAUGAUCACAGAAGAUCAAAGAAGCAUUUUCCAGAGCCCCUAUCUGCGAGUACCCUUGCCCUUACCAGAACGGAAAGGCUAUAUGCCACUCACUUCCCCAUCAGAUAGUGUCCUCGGGUUGGAAGGAGGUCCAUCAACAGUUGGUGGAAGCAAACGUAUGCUCUCUCCAGCUGGCAGUUUGGAGCUGACGAUGGAAACACAGCAGCAGAAAAGAGUGAAAGAGGAGGAAGUGUCUGAAGCGGAAGAGAAGUUGGAAGUGGUGAAGCCACCCAGUUCAAUAGAGAAAGGGAAAAAGCAGGAUAAAUCUCACUUUCUUGCAGAAAGCCAAGGUCGGGUGGAGGUUGAAACACCACCUAGUUUGUCCUUAGACCGGUCAGAGCCAAAGGAAAUCCCAAGUACUUCACAGCAAGCUGUCCCCCAUUCAGGUUCUUCUUCAAGUUUCGAGAUACUAGAAGAGUAUAAGCAGCCAGCUGGCAAGCAGUUCCUCAGCAAGGCACCUUUGCAAACCGUGAAGAAAGAAGACCCCAAAGAGCUGGUGGAGCCGUCUCCAUCCAAGCCUCCAAGCCCUGCACCUCAGCCUGAGGUUACUCACAGUGCAAUGAAGUCUCGAGAAGGUACAGAUAUGAAGAAGGUACUUCAAUUCCCCAGCCUCCACACAACCACUAAUGUCAGUUGGUGCUAUUUAAACUACAUAAAGCCAAAUCACAUCCAGCAAGUCGACCGACGCUCCUCAGUGUAUGCCAGCUGGUGUAUUAGCUUGUAUAAUCCUAACCUUCCCGGUAUAUCCACUAAAGCAGCACUAUCCCUCCUGAGGUCCAAGCAGAAGGUGAGCAAGGAGACCUACACCAUGGCUACAGCUCCACGGCCAGAUGCAGGCAGGCUUGUCCCGUCCAGCUCCCGGAAGCCCAAAAUGACAGAGGUUCAUUUGCCUUCGCUCCUUUCUAAUGAAGGUCGAAAAGACAUAACUAGAGCUGAAAAGGAAGAGGAUAAAAGAGGAAAAUCAGAAGAAGAGGCUCUGGUAACCAAAAAAGGGGAGCCAGUCAGGAUCAAGAUCUUUGAAGGAGGGUACAAAUCAAACGAAGAGUAUGUGUAUGUGCGAGGCCGUGGAAGAGGGAAGUAUGUAUGUGAGGAGUGUGGAAUUCGCUGCAAGAAACCCAGCAUGCUGAAGAAACACAUUCGCACGCACACAGACGUCAGGCCAUAUGUCUGCAAGUACUGUAACUUUGCUUUUAAAACCAAAGGGAAUCUGACUAAGCAUAUGAAGUCAAAGGCCCACAGCAAAAAAUGUCAGGAGAUGGGCGUGUUGGUAUCUUCACUGGUGGAUCUGGAAGCCGAAGAAGGAACCAGUGAAGACCUAUUCCAGGACUCUGAGGGGCGGGAGGGAUCUGAGCCAAUUGAGGAACACCAGUUUUCAGACCUCGAGGGAUCUGACGAUGAUGAUGACAAUGAAGAUGAUGAAGAUGAGGAGGAAGAGGAGAGCCAAGAUGAGCCAUCUUUAAAGUUGCCAGAAGUCACACAUACCGCCCUCCCAAAGCUCUCUUCAGUUGGCUCUCUGUCCUCUCAAGAGGAAAGCACCGAAGCAGCAUUGUCCUCAGUCCAAGAAACUGUUUCCAGUAGCCAACAAGCAGGUGAAGGCCACCAGGCCUCCUCCUCAGGGCUUGAAACAAAGUGGUCAGCAGACAGCAGUGACAUUGCUGUGUGCCAUAGCUUCUUGAGUCUCCGCAGACCAGCUUUGACCUCCACGGAACAAUUGGCUUCAGCUGAAAGGGAGUCUGUCACAAGACCACAGAUGUCCUUAGCUAUGGACUUGUCAACCUCAAAAGACACCUCCCCAAGAAAAAGGUGGUCUCCGAGCCAGGACUCUGGCAGAGCUGGUGGCAGCAGCAGACCAAUGCUAUCAAGAAAGCACCUAUUAACCAAAAAUGAAACUUCGCCGAAACGAUUUUCACCAACUGGAGAACUGUCUUCUCUAAGGUGCCUGUCUCCAGGGAGAGGGUUGUCUCCUUGCCAGCACGUCUCUCCCAGGAGGGAGGCAUCUCCACUGAGAUGUGUAUCACCAAGACUUGAGCUGUCGCCCAGCAGGCAUCUUUCCCCAAGAAGAGAGUUGUCCCCAAUAACAUACCUUCCACCAGAAGGAGAAGUCUCCCCGGUGAGGCACUCUUCUCCGAACAGAGAGAUGUCAUCAGUCAGAUAUGUAUCUCUGAAGAAAAUGUUGUCUCCAGGCCGUUCAGAGUCACCUAGGUAUCCAUCCCCUGGGAAAGAGGACUUGCCUGGUACUAGCAAAUCAGCAGCAGAUGACAAAGUUCAAAGCUCAUAUAAAGCCCAGCAUGGAAUAUUAUCUUCAAUGCCUCUACCUCAUAGGUUCUUUGGCAAAAACAUACAGCUCUAUGAGUCCAAGCUGAAGAUAGAACCCAGAAGCCCAACAUGCUCACCUGGCGUCACGCAGCCCGUCUGCUCCAGACCCUUGCAGGCACCUCACGAAAUCCACCUCCAUGCUCCCAGCCGCGGGGAGGAGAACGUCUUCAGCCAUCUCCCGUUGCAUUCGCAGCAGCUAGCAAGGACCCCGUACCCGAUGAUUCCCAUUGGGGGCAUCCAGAUGGUCCAGGCGAGGCCAAGCAGCCAUCCCAGCUUGGUGCCCGGUUCGGUCGUGUCCCUGCAAGCGGGAUAUUUUGCAGCUGGUGGCAGCAGCUUCGCGGAGCUGGGCCAGACGCAUGGAAGGGAUGAAGAAGCGCCGGUCCGGCGAGCGUCUUCACCGGCAUCCGUCUCCCCGGUCGCAAAGGUUUCCAAAUACGCGUUGUCCCCGGAGCGUACGAGCAGCGGUUACUUGGAGGAGAAAACGAGGACUAGUGAGCUUCAGCAAAAGACAGAUGAGGAGGAAUACAGGGUAAAAAUGUUCGCUGAGUCUAGCCACGUGAAGCAGGCUCCCCCGGAGGGCCCCAGCACGGAUUAUGAGCCCUCUCCAAAGCCUUCCACGAGCGGGGAAGAAGCCGUGAAGAAAACGGUCCAGAAGCAAUGUGGCAGCUCGAGCACUUCUUUGGAAUCAUCCCGCACUUUCAUCUCAGAUGUCCCCUCCCAGGCGCUGGACAGGAGCAGCAGUGCCGGCCGCCUCCCGGAGCCCUCCUCGAGCCAUCCGCACUCCCAGCCCUUCUCCGGCAGGAGGAGAAGCCUCUCCGGAGAGCCCCGUCCCCAAGGAGGAACCCGCGGGAAGAGCAGCCCGCACGUCGAGCACGCAGAUUUAGGUCAAACUCAAAGACAGGUGGAUGAAAAAAUGGGAAGUACUUAAGCCUCCACCAUCAGUUCCACCUUUAGGCUUCCUAUGUAAAAUCAACAGACAUUUUCAACACUAUUUCCUUUAGUAUAAUCAUCGCUAUAAAGAAGCACUCUAGUGAAUGA